GUUGUGGUUAGCCGGAGGUUAGCCCAUGCUGCCUGCUGUAGCCGGCUGUAGCGGUGAUGGCUCUCCCAUGAGGCGGGGGAGCGGGGCUGUGCUUUCUGAUUAAACGCCGACAGAGGUGCCGUGGCCAUGGCCGGGGUGUUCGACAUCGAUUUGGAUCAACCGGAUGAGAAUGUCUCUGACGACGAGCUGGAGGACGGGGCUCAGCUCAGUGAAUACAUGGACCAGUGCAGCAGCUUUGAAUUUAACAUGGAUGACUGUGAGAAGUUUGAAAUUUCAGAGAACAGCGUGAACAAGGGAACAGAGCAGAUCAGGCCCGAAUGCUUUGAGCUGCUCAAGGUGUUGGGGAAAGGCGGCUAUGGAAAGGUGUUUCAAGUUCGGAAGGUGUCAGGCGCCACAUCUGGGAAGAUAUUUGCUAUGAAAGUUUUGAAGAAGGCCAUGAUUGUGCGUAACGCAAAGGACACAGCGCACACCAAAGCCGAGAGGAACAUUCUGGAGGAGGUGAAGCAUCCUUUCAUCGUGGACCUCAUCUAUGCCUUCCAGACAGGAGGAAAGCUGUACCUCAUCCUGGAGUAUCUGAGCGGUGGGGAGCUGUUUAUGCAGCUGGAAAGAGAAGGCAUCUUCAUGGAGGACACAGCAUGUUUCUACCUGGCUGAGAUCUCGAUGGCGCUGGGUCAUCUGCACCAGAAAGGCAUCAUCUACAGAGACUUAAAGCCUGAGAACAUCAUGCUCAACAACAACGGACAUGUGAAGCUGACAGACUUUGGUCUCUGCAAAGAGUCCAUCCAUGACGGAACGGUCACCCACACCUUCUGCGGCACCAUCGAGUACAUGGCUCCAGAGAUCCUCAUGAGGAGUGGACACAACCGGGCCGUGGACUGGUGGAGUCUGGGAGCGCUCAUGUACGACAUGCUGACAGGAGCACCUCCGUUCACUGGUGAAAACCGAAAGAAGACGAUUGACAAAAUCUUGAAAUGCAAACUCAGCCUUCCACCUUACCUCACACAAGAAGCCAGGGACCUCCUGAAAAAGCUGCUCAAACGAAAUGCCUCUUUGCGACUCGGGGCUGGACCAGGAGAUGCUGCUGAGGUCCAGGCCCAUCCAUUCUUCCGGCAUAUAAACUGGGACGACCUCCUCGCUCGCAAAGUGGAGCCUCCAUUCAAACCAUUUCUGCAAUCUGCUGAUGAUGUCAGUCAGUUUGACUCCAAGUUCACCAGCCAGACGCCAGUGGACAGUCCUGACGACUCCACGCUCAGCGAAAGUGCCAACCAAGUCUUCCUGGGUUUCACAUAUGUAGCCCCAUCUGUGCUUGAAAACGUCAAAGAGAAGUUCUCCUUCGAGCCAAAGGUCCGCUCACCGCGGAAGUUCCCAGGAAGUCCAAGAACACCUGUGAGUCCGGUGAAGUUUGCCGGAGGGGACUGCUGGCCUCGGGGCCCGUCGCUGACCGGCAGCUCGUCCCUGCUGUCCCCGAGCGGCUCGGUGGACCAGCCCAUGGAGGUGUCGACCGUGGAGCACAUGGACACGAGCGGCAGCGGCAACUGCGAGGCCUCCGCUCCGCUUCCCAUCAGGCAGCCUUCAGGCCUCAACGCCGGGCCGUACAAGAAGCAGGCCUACCCCCUGAACUCGAAGCGGCCCGAACAUCUACGGAUGAACCUAUGACGCUCGGCUCGCCUGCGAACAUUAGCUCUCUUCCAAUUCCUCCUCCUCUUCCUUUGAGUUGUCUUCUUUCAAAGAGACUUGUAGAAGUUUUUAAGAAAUUGACUGACACUGUCAACGCCGAUCACCAGCUCUUCCAGCAGCGCCUUCCCCUCCUUUGGCCUCCCAGACGGUCGUGACUCAGCGUGGCCUCCUCAGCCUGCCGCAGAUAAUCAGCAGUUUCAGUGCAGUGGAUACCUGGUCAGGGAGAGAGGAGCUCCUCAGUGGUUGGCUGAGUAAUGCCAGCUCAUCAGUGGGCUCAGUUAUCAUCUGGUUUACUGGUGCUCUUCUGUCUUCCAGUCUGGGAGAUCAUGCUUGUUUCUCCUCCAGCCUGUCUGGCUUUCUUUAACUGACCAGAGCUUGCAGGUUCCACCGUCAGUAGGUGGAUUUAUUGGAUUCCACAAUGAACACAGUAUUCUUUCUAUUUGAGGGAAAACAGAUCACAUUGCCUUUGUCAGUGGAGCACGACUAACAGAAAAGCAGCUAUAAAAAGACAGAAGUGAAAAUUCAGCUGAGAGCAUCACUUCCACCACAAUCAGUACCAAAUGCCGGCGCUGCUGUCCUCCUGUGACUGGAAUGCUGUCUGUCCAGAAGCACUGCUCAGUUUCUUUGUGUUGAAUGUAAACAGACUCUUAAAGCCUUUUUGUGUGUCGCUUUAAUCUCCUGCGCUCAUUCUUCAACUCUUCUCGUGCGGCCUCGUGGCCACCGGCUCGCUUUCAGAACAACGAGCUCUGAGCCGGAGUGGUACCACUGCCUUGUACUGAUCCAGGCUGCGUCCGUGUCCCCGGUGCUUUGGUGCUUUCAGUGUGCUUUCAGUGUGCAUCUACAGUGUUAGAGGAGGAUGACCCAUCGGCUGAGAGCCGUCUGAUUGGAGGUGUUUGGCCUGUGUGUGUGAUGUGAAGCUGCUAUAUGAGCCUCUGGAGUCAAGCCAUUCGACACGCAUCCUGAAACGGACCACACGGUCGGAUGCAGAUUCCCACAAUGCAAAAAAAAAUUAGCUUCAACGGUUUCUUGCGAUCCAAAUACUGAUUCUACAAACUGACCAAAAGCACUGUUUAAAUGUGUUUUGUUUGUUUUUUUUGCUGGUAAACUAACAAACGUUGGAAAACAACAGCUGAAGUGUUUAACAGGUUUUUCUACGAGGUUCAAACGUGUUUGGUUCGUGUGUUUUUAAGAGGACUGGCUUUGUUUUCUACACUGAAUGUGUGCUCUUCAGCUUUACGCUCUUGUUUUCAGGUGAAGCUGGUUUAUCAGACGUGGAGGCUGUCAUGUGGGCCAGUGGACUGAUUGUCUUUUUUUUUUUUUUUUUCUACCAUUCCGGUACAACUGUGUUAACGAGCAUUCACUCCACUUUUUACUCCACUUUCCUUCUUUGUUUUUUAUUUAUUUCAAGUGCCAUGUGGUUCCACUGCAUUGUCCACACUAUGCAAACUAUGUAUUUAUUAUGUAGUGGUAUUUAGACGAGGCAGCAGAAUGUGGGACGAGUCCAUUUGACUUCUUCUGUCGUCAUAAUAAGAAGCAUGUACUGGAUAAUAUUAUUUCCACAGAACAUGUCUUACAACAACUUCCAAUGCAGCUUUUUUUUAUAUAUAUAUAUAUUCCAAAACUGGCCUGACUGUCUUACAGUAUUUAUUUUGUGGCAUAGAUCACAUUCAGACGGGAUUUCAGACACUUUCCUUGCUGAAAACUUGAACUUCAGUUUUUUCUAUUUGCAGUGCUUAAAGCAAGGUUAAAAGCUGAUGCAAAAAACCAAUGGGAAUGGCAUUGUGCCUUUGCUGACUGAGUACAUCGUGUAUGUACAGUUUGCUGUAUAUUGUAAAAAAAAAAUGUGUGGAACAGCUUGGGAUAGAUCCCAAACAUUGACCUCCUGUUGAGUCUCUCUAGGAUGUGCUUUCCUUUACUUCACCACUUCAUUGUGAUCAGAGUGGGAUCACUGAGUUGUAAAAAAACAGAUCUGAUUUCAGGUGUGCUUGAGACGCGUCCUCCAGAAACCAUCCUGUCAGACUUCCUUUUUGUGGGAAACGCAUCAUUUGAGUAGACGGGAUGUUUUAAUCACUGGUGGCCAUUGGAUAUCAUUAUUUCUGUUCAUGUGUCCCUGCAGACGGGGAAUGCUCAGCUGUAUCGUGUACAUAAUGAAGUCAAAAUAAAAUAAAAAAAUCUAAUCAACGGA